UAAACAAAUACUUUUACAUUUCAAAUGCUACUUGUAUUGAAUUUUCAUCAAGCACUUCUUCAAUUUGUCAUUCAUUUGCUACUUUCCAUUCUUUUCUAUUUGCUUCUACUCUUAUUUCAAUUUGUUUCAUCUAAAGCGUUGCUUUGAAGAUGGACCUGACGGAUCUUAACAAGGUCUGGGAAAUCAAGCCUCUAAGGAUGAUUGGUGAAAAUGAGGCUCGAAAAAUCUUAGAGAAUGUGGCAAAACAGGUGCAACCAAUCAUGUACAAGCGCAAAUGGAAAGUUCAGGUCCUGUCCGAAUUCUGCCCAUCAAAUCCAUCCCUUAUGGGAUUGAACGUUGGUGGAGGUGCGGAGGUUAAGCUACGUUUGCGUAGGCCAGAAAGGCAAUGGGAUUUCUUUCCUUAUGAACAGAUUCUUGAUACCAUGCUGCAUGAACUGUGCCACAAUGAAAUUGGUCCGCAUAAUGCCGAUUUCUACAAACUAUUGGAUGAACUUAGACUGGAGUGUGAAGAAUUAAUGGCGAAAGGAAUUUCAGGUAGUGGGAAAGGAUUUGAUCUACCGGGACGACGUUUGGGUGGGUUCUCACAGCCACCGCCUUUACCAUUGCUUCCCCAAAGUGCAUUGGCAGCUCCUGAACGAAGAGGACAACGUGGAACUUUGUUGCCAUCAGGGCCUAGGCGUAUAGGUGGUGAUAAUAGUAUUAAGGCUGCACUAAGCCCAAUUCAAGCUGCGGCCAUGGCUGCAGAAAGAAGGCUUCAUGAUGAAUUGUGGUGUGGAUCCCGAUCCCAGGGAACUCAUGGGCAGCAAGCAAAUAACAGUGCGUCAUCCUCCACUGAAUCUCGUGUGCCCAUUUUGAGUGAGCAAACUUGGCGACCCCAUGAGACGAUAGAAAAUCGAGACACAUGGCAAUGCUCUUUAUGUACUUUGAUUAAUAAGCCUCUAGCUCUUGCAUGUGAAGCAUGCCAAACACCAAGAAUCACGGAGAUCAAGUCGAGUUUCAAAAACUGGUCCUGUAAAUUCUGUACUUUGAUCAACGACAAUCAGCUAGAAAGAUGUUCGGCUUGUGGAGAAUGGAGAUAUUCAUUAGGCCCUCCUGUUGGUGGUUAUACACCUCAUGUUGGCACUUGAUACGAGGGCUCUGAUUCUCGGAGUAAAUUUAUACAUAUGACAUAAAAACCGUAUUUGUUGUACAAAAUCGAUAGGUAACUACAUUGUCUAUGUAAUUUGUAAGCAAGUUAGCCACAAGUCCCUUAGUCGUAUAGCGUUCAAAACAUCAUUGUUGAGAAGCUUUUUCCAAUUGAUUGUAAUGUGAAAUCAUUUUGGACAAGAGACCAGCUCAAAGUUGUAACCGGGCCAUUAAGAAUUUCUUUCAUAGGUCGUUUGGUUAUGGUCUGAGCCAUUGUGAACCAGAUGAUGGGAGACUUGACAACACAACACGAGUUCUAUACUUCUAUUGUUAAGAAUAUUGAAUUCGUCCCCACUAUGGCUCUGGCUCUGGCUCUGGCUCACACCAGUCUGCGGGUUCCUAACUCCUACUUAAAAAAAUUGAAAAUGAACUUAAAAAAUAG